UACCCUUUGAUGGCAUAUUCUUCAAGAUGAAGAAGAUUAACCCACAGGCGCUCCUCAGAAUAGCCCUCUGGAGCAUCCUCUCCAUCAUACUAUUCUCCGAACCCUCUCGACAAAAUUCUGACUCUCCUCCACCCUUUUCAAACCCUAGACUCCAAAAUGCCUAUACUGCCCUCCAGGCAUGGAAACACCGUAUCACCUCCGAUCCCAACAACUUCACCUCAAACUGGUGUGGCCCAAACGUCUGCAACUACACCGGUGUAUACUGUGCGCCGGCCCCAGAUGACCCCCACGCCAUAACGGUGGCCGGAAUAGACCUCAACCACGCCGACAUGGCCGGCUCGCUACCGGAAGAGCUCGGCCUCUUGACCGACCUUGCCCUCUUCCAUCUAAACUCCAACCGCUUCUGUGGCACCGUCCCUGCUAGCUUUCGCAGCCUUUAUCUUCUCCAUGAGCUUGAUAUUAGUAAUAACCGAUUUUCCGGGCCAUUCCCUUCUGUUCUUCUCUGCCUGCCUUCACUCAAAUUCCUUGAUAUCCGAUUCAAUGAAUUUCAAGGUGACAUUCCUUCCCGCCUUUUCGACUUGAAAAUCGACGCUUUGUUCAUUAACGACAACAAGUUCCAAUCAUCGUUACCGGAAAACAUCGGUAACUCCCCUGUUUCAGUAAUUGUUUUGGCGAACAACGACCUCAAAGGUUGUCUGCCUUCGAGUUUGUCGAACAUGAGGAACACCUUGAACGAGAUUAUCGUAACGAACAGUGGGUUAACGGGGUGUGUACCUUCAGAAAUAGGGUUGUUAAGCGAAGUUACAGUGUUUGAUGUGAGCUUCAACAUGCUGGUCGGUCCUUUGCCGGAGUCGAUAGGUAAUAUGAAGAGCUUGGAGCAGUUGAAUGUGGCGCAUAACAAGUUGUCCGGUGAGAUUCCCGCAAGCAUCUGCGCGUUGCCUAAGCUGGAGAACUUCACCUACUCGUAUAACUAUUUCUGUGGUGAACCACCCGUCUGCCUGAAGCUGCCGAAGAAAGAUGACCGCGAGAAUUGUAUCCCAAAUAGGCCUUUGCAGCGGUCACCAAACGAGUGUGCCUCUUUCUAUGCUUAUCCUGUUGACUGUGGUGCCUUUGGCUGCUCAGCUAAAAGUCCACCGCCGCCAUCACCGCCACCGCCACCACCUCCCCCGCCUCCACCUCCGCCUCCGCCACCGCCACCACCUCCCCCGCCUCCGCCACCACCUCCCCCGCCUCCGCCACCACCUCCCCCGCCUCCUCCACCGCCACCACCUCCCCCUCCUCCCCCACCACCUCCCCCGCCGCCGCCGCCACAACAUUGGCCCCUACCCCCGCCAGUGCCUUAUUAUAAUCGUCCAUGAGCAGCAGUAAUUUAUGGAUAUAAUUAAUAUAACUAAUAUCAUAUAUAGGAAGUGUCCUCCAAAAGAUUUAUUGUUGCUUUCUUUUUACAACUUGUAAGAAAAAAGAUGAAAGGAUUUGAAAUGAUAGGACCCUGUUUUUUUGUA